AUGAGGGGCGGCUGGAAGAGCCGGUAUGGAUCUUACAUUCUCCAGGGAGUUGGAGUUGAAAUUGAUGCGUUUGGAUCUAUUGCAGCGCCCACCAGCUCCCCUACUGCCCACCGCCCACCGCCCACCCCCCCCCCCCAAAAAAAAGGAGGGCAGAGUGUUCGUGAUCCAGAUUUGUACACAACGCUUUUCGCUCGGCAUCUAGGUGAACAGAGACUUCGAGGGGGUCCAGAGGUUCAUAUGGAAAGCACCAGGGACAGCAGCACAUUGGGUUUCACGGACCUUGCCACUGGCCAAAGUGGCUACACUCCAAAGGGGACCCCUUCAGCCAACGGUCGCUCCGAGUCAGACGAGACUUGCCCGGGAGAGAACGCACUCCUCAUGCCAGCCAAGAAGGUCAGGGAUUGUGUGGCUGUCGGAGAGAACGAUUUCCCCGAGCGCCGCUGCUCCCGAGGCUACGCGGUGCUCUCGCACAACCAGUCGUCGGCAGCCGCUGGCAAUGCCGGCUCUCAGGGUCCCGACCACCAACCGCAAACCACCCCGUUCCGGAGCCCGGACCAGAGGGACAAGUGGGGCAAAAAAAUGGACUUCCUGCUGUCAGUCAUUGGCUUUGCGGUGGACUUGGGCAAUGUCUGGAGGUUUCCUUAUGUCUGUUACCAGAACGGCGGCGGUGCUUUUCUCAUCCCCUACACCUUAAUGGCAAUGUUUGGGGGAAUUCCUCUGUUCUACAUGGAACUAGCCUUGGGACAAUAUCAGAGGACAGGCGUCAUUCCAGUUUGGAAGAGGAUAUGCCCAAUAUUUAAAGGGAUUGGAUACGCAAUCUGUAUCAUAUCUCUAUAUGUCUCCUUUUACUACAAUACCAUCAUAUCCUGGGCUCUCUACUACUUCUACUGUUCAUUCACGGCCACCUUGCCCUGGACUAAUUGUGACAAUCCUUGGAACACACCCAACUGCACCAAUUACUUUGGCAAGAAUAACGUCACCUGGAAUAACUUCUCCAGAUCGCCAGCUGAAGAGUUUUUUAUACGGAAUGUUCUGGAGAUUCAUAAAUCCAAGGGGCUGGAUUAUGUGGGAGUGAUCCGCUGGCAGCUUCUCUUAUGCCUCUUUGUCAUAUUUACUGUUGUUUACUUCAGCCUCUGGAAGGGAGUUAAAACAUCUGGAAAGAUAGUCUGGGUGACUGCCACACUACCAUAUCUGGUGCUUUUCAUCCUUUUGGUAAGAGGAGCCACCUUACCUGGAGCAUGGCGAGGUGUGGUAUUUUACCUCAAACCGAACUGGAAGAAAUUGUUGGACACAGACGUGUGGGUGGAUGCAGCUACACAGAUUUUCUUCUCCAUGGGCCCUGGAUUUGGAGUCAUCAUGGCUUUAGCGAGUUAUAACCAAUUCAACAACAACUGUUACCGAGACGCAAUUGUCACCAGUUUAGUGAACUGUCUGACUAGUUUCCUAUCUGGCUUCGUAAUUUUCACAGUACUGGGAUACAUGGCUGAGAUGCGCAGUGUUGAUGUGGAGGAGGUGGCAAAAGACAAAGGUUCCGGCCUUCUGUUUAUAACCUAUCCCGAGGCCAUCGCUAACAUGGAUGGUUCCCCCUUCUGGGCAAUCCUCUUCUUUCUCAUGGUGAUAACGCUAGGCUUGGAUAGCACAUACGGAGGUCUGGAAUCUAUCAUCACAGCAGUGAUAGAUGAGUAUCCUCAUCUGUUUGCUAAAAGGAGGGAACUGUUUGUUUUGGGACUGGUGAUUGUGUGCUUCAUGGGCUCUCUCAGCACGCUUACUAAUGGAGGGGCAUAUGUUGUCAAACUGAUGGAAGACUUUGGAUCAGGUUCCUGUCUUAUUGCUGUGGUGUUAUUAGAAUCCAUUGCAGUGUCUUGGUUUUAUGGUGUCCAACGAUUCUGCAGUGAUAUCCAGACAAUGUUGGGUCUCUCACCAGGACUGUUUUGGAGAGUUUGUUGGGUGGGCAUCAGUCCUGCCUUCCUAGCUUUCAUCACAGUGAGUUCACUUGUGUAUCAGCCUCCUCUCAGUCUAUUUGGCUAUGACUAUCCGGACUGGAGUGUAACAGUUGGAUAUCUGAUUGGAGCUUCAUCUUUUAUGUGGAUUCCGAUAUACAUGGUGUAUAAACUGGUAUGGACCCCUGGAUCUCUUAAACAGCGCUUGGCAGUCUGCAUUCGGCCAGAGAAGACAAUCAGAGACCAGAAGCCUGAUUCACUCUGCAUGAAUACUAUCCCUUAA